AUGAAAAUUCAAACAUUAUUCUGUGUGGGACUCCUAUUAGCAUUCGCGACAUCAUCAGCAUCUUUUUGGGAAGGGCUAAGCCAACUCACACACAAAAAGACCUCUUUUUUAAAAUGGGACUUUAACGUUGACAGACUAGCAAACAAUGUUGGCCGCCUAACCGGCGACACACAUUUUUUGGCUGUUACUGAUGCAGUAGUCCGCAACGCGGAGAGACAGAUGCUAAAUCUGUUCAUCCAGAACCCUGCAGUGGGAAUUACUAAAGAUGUGAAUAGGCUUUGUCGCGAAAUUGAGUCUUCGAGCGCCCGCCUUGUGAUAAGCCUUGACCAUCCGGCUUGGGAGCCUGCAAGGCAACAAGUUACGCAGUAUUUAGAGGGAAGAUCAAGAGAAUUUGGAUUACGGUUGGCGUCUCACAUCAGGGGAGAUGCGAGGUCGCCAUCUGCGGGCCUCGUUGACCUGCUGGCGAGCUUCAGUAAAAGCUUACAAAAUGCCGUGUCACUCGUUGAAAAUCCAUCAAAAUCAUCAGAUGCUUUUGAAGAGUUUACCUUUGCAAGUCGUAUGGAUGACUUGACCGUCGGAAGAAUUGUCGGUGAGGGCAUCGCUGAAAAGAUCCGCGACAAAGUGGUAGGUGGUGACACGCACGCGGCACUGACAGACAUUGCAAACAUCUUCUGUGAUUUCGGAACUUUGAUGACCGCCUAUGUGACUGGGCUGGCAAUUUGUACUGCUGGUCUUGGCGCAGCAUUGUGUGGCGUGUCAAUAAUAAUAUGCGGAGGUGGGACGAUAAUCUAUAUCUGUCGACUCUUACAAAAUUUAGAUAAAGUGUUCAAAACGUUGGGGGUUGGACUGUAG